AUGAUAAAUUCAUACCACGCACCAGCAGCCGCUAGCCAUUCUCCGUCUUUCUCCUCUCCUUCUGGACAAAAAAGAAGAAGAACCCAGUUCUUCCAGCAAAAACUUUUUCUGACGGCACCGUCGGCUCCGUCGCUGCUGCAGCUCACGGCACCGCUCUCGUCGUGUACUUGCAUUUCUUUGCCAACAUCAUCCAGGGUGAGAAAGACUUUGAAUUCAGAACUGUGGCAUGCUUGUGCUGACCCUCUUGUCUCUUUGCCUCAAGUGAAAAUUCUUAUUUAUUACUUAUCCCAGGGACAUAGUGAGGAGCUGCUGCAAAACAAGAGAGAUGCGCAAUUGAAGCAAAUGCUUCCCAAUUCUUGUAGGCUGGCCAAGAGGCAAUUGCUAGAAUUCGGGUGCUAGAGCAACUUGAAGGCAACCACCUCUCCUCCGCAGCAAUCCUCCGCCAAGAUGGCAGUGUUUGGGUUCAGCUCUAAUUUUCCUCUGGUUAUCUUCAAUACUUCUCAAUUUCUCUCUCCAAAACUCUCCUUCAUUCUUAGUGCUUUGUUUUCCAGAAUCAUCUCGUUCUUUCUUUUUUCGUUAAUUUUUCUCUGAUUUAUAAGAUUUUAUUUGCAUGUGACAUAUCCUAUGGUUUUGGUGUUAAUUCGAUAUAUUCGUGCUUUAACCAUAGCAGUUUAGUUUUAUCAACUGGAGCUAAUUGAUUAAUUUUUCAGGUCUGUUUUGAUGCUAAUUUAUAUAUUAAGGUCUGUUUGGUUAGAAUGUAUUUUAGGUGUGGAAAAAUUGAGCUUGCGUGGAGGGUGUUUGAUGAAAGUUCUGAGAGAGACCAUGUAGGUUCAGUUCAUUUUGACUCUAUUGCUCAAGGAACCUGCUCAUGCGUUCUAGCAAUUGUGCUGCCUUUCUUUUUCCUCUAUCUGUGCCAUUUUGAGCCAAAUCCAACAAAGGAUCCAUUACGCCGAGCUCUCGGGCCUGAGCCAGAUAUUGUUGAUCUGAAGAAGAAAGAUUAAUUAAGACAGCAGCCGAUUUUGGUUAGAAUUAGGUGCUUUCAUAUUGCUUUCAAGAAUUAGGAGGAAUAUUAUUCUUUACUUUAGUAUAGGUUUUAUAGUUCUUACCUUGCAUAAAACCAUUUGAGUUCUUACUUUAGGUAUAGCUUUAGGAUUUGAGAGAGUAUAUUGUUGGACGAGGUUGUAUAUUAUUUUUGUAACUUGUUAAAGAUGGGAUAGAUAUGGGCAAUGUCAUAAAAGUUUACUUUGAUAUAAUAAGAUACCAAAUUAAA